UUGAGAAAAAGGCGUGGUCUAAAUAUUGUUGUUGCUUCAGCUUCAUUUAUUAUACAUUGCUAGUUGCUUACAUAUAUAAAGUGUUACCAGUACAAUUACAAGUAGAGGUGAGACACUGGGCAAGUUGAUACAGCAAGAUACGAACUAUCAAAAUACACUACGCAUUAAUAUCAUGUCAGAAGAUAGUCAAGAUUUCAACGAGCCUUUCACGCUCAUCACCUCAACUGUGGAUGCUCUCAAGUCCGGCCAUUUGAACCCAAAAUUGGAAACAACUGGGAGGGGAUUUGUGGGAAUUGUCAAAUCGAGUCGCGACUGGGUAGCCAGCAAACAUGCUGGUGUGAGGCCAUGGUCGGAAUUUCUUAAUGUUAGGAGCUUGACAAAGCCAUCAAGUGUCAGUGCUGGUACAAGCAGAGUACUCGCUAACUUGUUGCGGUUUCAAAGCAACUACCUCUUCGUGUUUCUUGGUCUAGUCAUAUACUGCAUAAUCAGCAACCCCACCCUCCUGUUUGCCCUUGCUUUCUGUGUUGGUGCAUGGUGGUUCAUAGCUGUCAAAAACAACUCGGAGAACAUCAAGAUAUUAGGACGUGAUACAAGUACUAAGGAACUUUGGGCUGGUGUGAUAAUCAUCUCAAUACCUCUCUUUUACUUUGCUGGGGCAGGCAGUACUGUGUUUUGGAUCAUAGGUGCCUCUGUUGUUGUGAUACUGCUCCAUGCUGCAGCAAUGAGCACACCCACCCGUCAACAAACAGUGGACGAGGAGCUUGGCAUCGUCAUGGAGGAUGUUACUGCAUCCUGAUUGAAGCACAAAUUAAACUACUUUUCUCACCAACUUUCCAUUUACAUUGAUCGAUCAAAUCGUAGAUAGACUCUAGUUUCCACUAUCUAUGUAUAUAUGUAUGUAUCACUAUGUGUAUGUAUUUGCAUGUAAUUUCACAUUCAGAAAUGCAAUGUUCCUGCGACAUUU